AAUUGGGCUUGCAAACUAUCCACCACCCAUCACCCAUGGCUCACGGUGCAGCCAAGCGAAUUGCGCAACAGAAUGAACAGGCUCUCCGAAAUUUGAGGCUCGGAAUGUUCAUCCCCACUCUCCUCUCUGCAGUCUUUCGUCUUCUAUUUCGGCGAAACUCUCUUCCUCCAUCUAAAGGCUCGCUGGCAAUUUAUGUCGUGACAUAUCUGCCUGCUUUAUUUCUUUCACGUUAUCUUGAAAGGAUGGGCACCCCAAGACGAGACCCGACAACUGGAGCACUCAUCUCUCCCGGAGAAGACCUUAAUCAACCGGGAGUAACAGAAUGGUGUUUUGAUAUACUUUAUGUUACAUGGGCGUGUCAGAUCGGCAGUGGGGCCCUUGGUGAUUGGGUCUGGUGGUUCUACCUCGUUAUCCCAUUGUACGCCGGUUACAAGUUGUGGAGUAACUUUAUUGGACCGAUGCUCGGUUGGUCUAGUGGUGCGAGUCCUGCUGAAGAGGGUGGCGAGAAGGAAACGGUCAGCAAAAGGCAAGAAAAGCUACGAAAACGCUCAGAACGGGGCGAUCCACGUGUCCGCUCUGUGCGAAAGUAGUCCUCUCCGUGUUUGUUGAAAGACCUUUAAUAUUGCUCGACAAUUGCACUUGUCUUCAAUAUUUUGUGCAAGCUUGCGACCAAAUAUAGCUGGCUACUUUAUGAGCACGUGAUCACUCU